GUGGCGACCGACAUUUAAUGCGUCCCCAUGCAUGGACCUUCUCAUUGUUGCCUUCUUCACUCUCUCCGUCACCUGAGCUCGGACCACAAGCGGCGUAAACACAGCGUGCCUCGCUUUGAUUGCAUAACGACAGACACGCGCACACUCGAGAACAUGGUGGCGUCUUUAAAACCAUCAGAGAAAAGGCUCCACCGAUUCUAAUGGAGGAGGAUUUGCUUGGUUUUGACUUCUCGAAAGGCACCGUAACAGCAAUGAGGCUUUCAAGCUUCUGGUGUGUCUUCUUUCUCGUUGGGGCAGCUUUGACUUUCUUGGGUCUGUCAUCCACCGGUGGAGUUGAUUUUGCUGGUGCUGGCAGUUUGGCCAACAGACCAAGAUGCCGGAAGCUGAAGGAAGAUUGGCAUAUUCCUAGCACUCACGCGAAGGAGAACACUGGGAAAGCAAAUCUGGAGGAUUAUGGCCCAGUCGAUCCGGUUCCAAGCUCAAAGGCGUCGAUAAGGCCUGGACCAAUCGACCACGGCACUCCUCUCAUGCCAUUCAUACCAAAGCCUUCACCUCCUAGUCCCACCGAGAAUGGCGGGUGAGUUGGAUCAGCCAAAGAAAGAGCUGCUGCUUCUGUGCUGGGUUUAUUUCAACUUAGGUACACUCGGAGAAUCUAGCAUGCGUCAUCUAAAACAUAUCCAUCCUGUGUAAUCUUAACUAAGUAGUCUAGUUAUUAUGUGCAUUACGUUGGCAUGAGUACAUGUUCGUACCCUUUGAUGUACAUGAUGAUCUCCAAUAACA